ACACCUAAAGCUUAGUAACAUUUCCUUAAAAUGAACUAACCCUGGAACAUAACUUGCUCCGGAGGUUAUGUCAGUUAUCUCCGUUUUUGGAACCGAAAGUUGGGGUUAUCCGCUAACCAACCCUUAAACUUACCCAGGUAUGUCACAUAACCAGAAUACACCCGUGGGCUCUUUAAAAGAUAAAGAACAAGGAAGUCUGACAUGUGCAUUGCUGAACAGUUCCGCCUUUAGCAGAGCCAGGCAGAGUUCAACUUCAUUGUGUGCUGCAAGUUACCAACAAUUACAUAAGAAGAGCUUUGAUGCAGUCAAGAAAACGACAGUCGGCAAUACUGUUUUAAAAAGCAAUUUGUUAGGAAAGAAAGAACAAGAGCCUUUUCAUAACUAUCCUAAAGAAACUUCCCACUGGGAUGUCCCUGGUAGUGUCUCGGGGUGAGGAUGAGACUGUUAUCACCAUCACCCUAAACCCCAAAAGCAAAUGGCCCAUUUGGCUUCAGUUUCUGCGCAGUUUCUGCUACAGUCCAGAACAUGAUAUGUCUCAGGAUAUGAAAGGAAAGCUGACCGACAUUCAAACAGCCUUCGGGAUUGUACAGAUAGUAGUUGCAGUCAUGAAUUUGGCAUUAGGUUGUCUCGGGUUUACUUUCUUUUUUAUUGCUUCAUCUUGGCUGAGGGGCAUGGUGAUUUAUGGAGGACCAUAUACAGCUUCAAUAAUUUUGUCAGUUCUUCAGUUCUGUGUGGCUAUUGUUUUCUGCAUUUUGACUCUGAAAUCUUUGUGCAAGAGAAGUGGGGGUGCAAAGUCUGUGGAGCACACGACAUCAGAAGCUGCACCUGGAGGAGAAGUGCAUCAACGUUCAGCGCCAACGUUCUGUUUUCAGCACGCAAAAUUGAUUCUCAGCCAGAUCAGAAGUCUUAUAGUGCGUGAGAACACAAAAGAAGAUAUUUUGAAGAUUGUUGGUAACCAAAAACCGCUUGUACCCAUUGACUCUCUUUGUAUGGGCAUAAAACCAUUUAUUCUCGGCCUGAUCAAAAGUCUAAGUGUGUGUGAGGAUAUGAAGGGAACAUUUACAGACACUCACACAGCUCUCGGAGUUGUACAGAUAAUAAUUGGUGUUGUGAUCAUUGCAUUGUGGUGUUUUGGCCUUACCUUAUACAUUUGGUUUGGUGCUGUGUUCCUUGUAGCUGGAAUUGUGUGUGUUCUUGCAGUAAAGUUUCCCAGUCAUGUUCUGCUGGUCAUCACAGAGAUUCUGAACAUAAUCGGUGCUGCUCUGUCGAUCACAGCUGUUGUGCAGCUUUCAGUGGAACUGACAAUAAUGAAGAGUUCAAAUUAUUAUGAAGAUUGUUAUCCUCCUUUUGCCUACAGUCACUUUAGAACGAUUUCCCAAGAAGAGAGAAAUAACAUUGACGCCUGUAUUCAUUACAAGAACUUUAGUAAGGAUGUUCAAGGAGGCAUACAUAUCCUGAUGACUGUAUUAGCAGCUCUUCAGUUCAGCGUAGCCAUGAGUUUCUGUGCUUUAACUAUGAAAGCUUUGUUCAAAAAGGAUGGGAGUGCAAAGUUUGUUGAGGAGCCACAAGCUCAAAAGCCACUCAUGCACGCUGAAAAGACAUGCAUUGUUGUUUGAACAUACUGUACUAUUGGAAGUAACUGCUGUUAACUCUCAAUGAGGAGGAAAGUGGAGUUAUUAUAAGCAGAUUUCCACCAGCUGCAACAUCAUAAUCAUAACAUUGAUGAAUGAAUGUAUGUUUUUUAAAGUUUCCCUGAAAUUGUUGAUACGUAAAACCCUACUUUGGGCCUGUUUUAUUAAUAAAGUCUACAACACUUGA